CUCAACUGCAACUGCAAAAACAUGACCUUUAAGCUGUAUUGCACAAUUUUUGUUUCUAUUUUCUUAUUUCAGUUUAAAGAAGCAAUAUUUACCGAUUACAAAAGCUCUGUCGAUGUUUCUAACGGAAUUUUAAGCUUCGCCAAUCUUUUCUCGUUUCCUAAUUAUCUACUGAACGCUACACCAUUUGAAUCUCUCUUCGUUUAUGGAGAACAAGACUGCCUUCAAGCUUGUACAGAGAACCCUCGAUGUCGGUCGUUGAAUUUCAAAGGUUCUAAAGUACAUGGAAAAUUUCUCUGUAACCUCUUAGAUACUGACAAAUUUAAGUCGUUGAAGCUAUUUGGUGCAACUUUGGAUUUUCAUCACUUCAGCGUGACGGCCCCGUGCGAGCUCAAUCCGUGCGAGAAUGGAGGGACCUGUCACCCAGUGGAGAUGGUAUACGACUUCAAAUGCGCCUGCCCACCAGGUUUCUUUGGGAAGCAAUGUGAGAAGUCGGCCAAGAGCUGCGCGGAGCUGCUGGAGGCUGGCUUCACAGACAAUGGUGUCUACAAAAUUUUUUUUAACAAUUCCCAAGUGUUCGACGUGUACUGCGAUCAGUCCAGCCGAGGAGGAGGUUGGACGAUGGUUUUCAAGGUUGUAUCUGGCGUCUCGGCUAACGGUAGAAGUAGCUCACAACUGUGGUCUUCAUCGGAGACGAUCAAUGAAGACAGAUCAAAGGCAUUGAACAUCGAUUCUUCCUUCAGAGCACAUUACAAGAACCGCUUUGUGCCAAAUUGGCACCUUGCAAAACCCAAAGAGGUGCUGAUAGCUUUGUACAGACGGAAUGGCUCAGAUCUCGAGACCCUUUCUAUCGUAUUCAACUCGACUAAUUCUGACGACAAAAACUGGUUUUCUAAAAGUCGGGUCGUUCACUCCCCUUGGACAGAUUUGAAAAACGAGACCCCGAACGUCUUCUCGAUCGAGGGCUGUUGCAAUGGAAGGGAUUUCUACAUUUCCAAAAGUCAUGGCGGCUGCCUGAAUGAUGGAGGAUGGCUGGCCAUUAUCUCUAGUGACUGUGAAUGGGAAAAACGUUUUCCUGCUUUUACUGCUUUGUACAGUAACAGGACGAAUUACACAAAUUGGAAUCAUUACGAAAAUGUUGGAGUCGCAGAUUUGUUUGUGGUGUAUAUUCGUUAAUAAUUUGCCGGAUAAGAUAUCGCCGACUGAGGUAGAAACAUUAAAGCCUGUUAAAUAUCUAAGUUAAGUUAUAUAUUAAGUAAGAAUUUGCAAGGUUAAUAAGAACUGUGUUAUAUCCAGUUGUACUUCAAAGACUUUAGGGUAUAUAUGACUGCAAAUACAAGAAAAUCAUACAUAUGUGAACUGCGGUUGAAGAGACGAUUAUGAAAGCAAUCCUCGCAGAUAUGAAUACUACUGAACUAGUAGUGAAAAUAAGACCUGAGGUCAUGGGUCAGAGUGGGAGAGGUCGUGGGUUCAAAUCUCGUGCGGGCCUGAAUUUCUUUCAGGCCUUAUUUUCACUACUAGCUCAGUAGUAUUCAUAACCGCGAGGAUCGCUUUCAUAUUCGUUACUUCAAAGUAUUUUCUUUUUAUUGGAUGCUUAAAGUAAAGAAGGAUUACUGUAGUUUUUUUGAUAGCAUGUAACUCUAUGACUGCUACAAAAUAAAAAAUUGAUAAGGCUAUGGUCGACGCCACAAGGAAAUCAGUAGAACUCCAAAAUUUCACAUUUCCUCACGAAGCUUCGCUUCUCGGCCAAUCUUUGGAGAAUCUCUCAGCCGCUGGACUUUUAGUUAUCAGCGGACAUACCAACCCCUUGAAGAGAAUAUGUAAAAUCAUAUGGGUAUAAUUCAAAGAAAUGUAAAAGCUAAGUCACCGAAGUUUACAGUGAUUUCAACUUUGCUUAACGUAUCUGCCUAUGUUAUUUUGUAAUCAGAUAUAUGAUAAACCCUAUCCAUAUUAGGACAUCAUAAGCGUUGAAGUCUUGUGAUAACAGCAGUUUGAAUAUUUUCAACACUGCACUUCUUGUAGCCUAAGGAAGACUAAAAACUGAUUAAAAACGA